UUUUUUGACAAUCAAUUAUUUUAUUGAGCUUUCAUCGAUAUCUCGGAUUUCUGUUCCAUUUAAAUUAAAAAAAGUUUUAAAUUUUGACUUAUUUUCAACUUCAAAAAAAUUGGUGAAGUAGUUUUACUAGUCCACUUCAAAAAAGUCAAUUUCAAAAAGAAGCAACCGAUCCAAGUUCCCGUCAACUCGUCCGCUCAGUCUGCAAAAUAUUUGCAAUACGGUGGCUCCACCAUCAACCGAGUCCGUCAACGAUAUAAACAUGUUUUUUUAUAAGAAAUGCUGGCUUCUCAAUAACCUAUUCAGUGCGAAUUUUAUACAGCUGCUGUAAUCGUCGCGAAUCGCUCAUUCAGCUCCUGGCCGCGAACGCUUCUUGUUCUUCGCAUCAAAACAAUCUUUAUCAUCUACGAUCUGCUUCGUCAUCGUGAAACAUCGCAAAAGUUACAUAUCGAGACUUGUGGGGCUCGACUCGUAGAACCCGUUUGACGUGCAUUUGUUUGUCUGCUUCGUACUGUAGUGUUCUAAUUGUUUGCAACAAUGAUGCUACGAAAGGCCAUCAACCCAGCCUUCUUGAAAAAUGUUGCAAAACCUUUCUCAACAACUUCGAGUGUCAAAAACGUCAGUUUUGAACUCACUGAUACUCAAAGGGAAAUGCAGGAAACUGCUCGUAAGUUUACCAGAGAUGAAAUUAUACCAGUCGCAGCAGAGUAUGAUCGCACAGGAAAUUAUCCAUGGGACAUUGUGAAAAAAGCUUGGAAUUUGGGUCUUUUGAAUCAUCAUAUUCCAGCUAGUGUUGGUGGAUUGGAAUUCAAUAUUUUUGAUGGCUGUAUUGUCAGUGAAGAAAUUGCCUAUGGAUGCACUGGAAUUAAAACUGCUUUGGAAGCAUCAGGAUUAGGUCAAACUCCUGUCAUCAUGGCUGGAAACCACGAACAACAUAAGAAGUAUUUAGGAAGAUUGCUUGAAGAACCUUUGGUGGCUGCAUACUGCGUAACUGAGCCAGGAGCAGGAUCUGAUGUGAACGGAGUUAAAACAAAAGCCGUCAAAAAAGGCAAGGAAUGGAUUUUAAAUGGAACAAAGAUGUGGAUUACCAAUGGAGGUGUAGCAAAUUGGUAUUUUGUUUUGGCAAGAACUAACCCGGAUCCUAAAGCCCCUGCAGGAAAAGCUUUUACUGCAUUUAUUGUUGAACGUGAAUGGGAAGGUGUCCAUCCUGGAAGAAAGGAAAUCAAUAUGGGACAAAGGGCAUCAGAUACUCGUAUGGUCACUUUUGAAGAUGUUAGAGUACCAGAAGAAAAUGUUUUGUUAGGAGAAGGUGCUGGAUUCAAAGUUGCCAUGGGUACAUUUGAUAAAACUAGACCAGCGGUAGCUUGUGGUGCUGUUGGAUUAGCACAAAGGGCUUUGGAUGAAGCUACUAAGUAUUCUUUAGAACGCAAAGCUUUCAAUAAACCUAUUGCUGAACAUCAAGCAGUAGCUUUCAUGCUUGCUGAUAUGGCAAUAUCAGUUGAAACUGCAAGACUUGCAUGGAUGAAAUCUGCAUGGGCUUUGGAUAAUAAAAAACCAAAUGGUUCCAUGCUUGCCAGUGUUGCUAAGUGCUAUGCUGCAGACAUAGCGAACAAAUGUGCAACCGAUGCUGUUCAGAUCUUUGGUGGAGCUGGAUUUAAUACAGACUAUCCAGUUGAAAAAUUAAUGAGAGAUGCUAAAAUUUAUCAAAUUUAUGAAGGAACAGCUCAAAUUCAAAGGCUGAUUAUAUCUCGUCAACUUUUUGCCAAUGCACUGAAAGGUGGAAACUAAGUGCUUAAUUGGUAAAACUGAUCGAUCUAGAUCUUGUAUAAUAGUGUUUUUUUUUUCAAGAACUUUAUUUCUACAACUAUUAUUUACUGGGUUAAAAAUGAAACUUUUUAUACUAAAGUAUAGCAUAAUUAUAUGUUUGAGAGAUCAAAUUUAUAAAAAAAUGCACACGAUUUUUACGAGAUUACUAUUGUAUUCGCGUAAAUUUUGAUUAAAUUUCAAUCAAAUUAUCUAUACCAUUCGAAAUUAAUGGUACGAAAUGCCAAGAUGUAUAUAAGAUUAAAAUUGAAGAUAUUAAUUAUUUUUAUAUCCUUUACAUAAACGAAUGUAAACCUUUUAUGAUCAAUCAUGUAAUAUGUUAAUAUUUUAUCGCUUUUCUUAGAAAAAAAUAUAAUUUUACGCAUGUUUUAUACAAUAAAAUAUUUUUACACUUAAAUUAGAUUUGAGUUGAACAUUUUUUACAUGUAUAAAAUUCAGAUCACAGUAGGCUUAAAAAUCUGUGAACAAAAUGUAUUGUUAUUAACAUUUUUAUAAAUAAAAUUAUUCAAAGGUAGUUUUGAAAACGUUAUAAA